CUGGUUGGUCGCUGUCUGAACACAUCGAUGUGUUUGUUGCACAUUGCCGAAGCAGUCUGUCUGACAUGUACAGAGCAAAGAAAGCUAUGUGAAAAUUAUGUUCAGCAGUCAGGGCAUUCAACCCGUAAGUGUUGUUUUUAACAACACAAAAAACUGCUUUCUUCACCUCCCCUCGAAGUUGAUAUCGCAUCUUUCCCUGAACGAGAACCAAGCUUUGGAGUUGUCCUGGGGCCAUGGAUCCCCAGUGUUCCUCAGCUGGACUCAAAACAGAACCUCCUCCAGCCUGGACAACCACAAUGUGGAGUUGUGUCGGCAACUGGGAGAGAAGCUGGGGCUAAAAGAUGGAGAGCAGGGCUUCUUAAGACCAUGUCAUCAGGUCUCAUCAUUGCAUCAGGUGUUUGUGGAGCCUCUGUCACCUGAUGACUGGGAGAUCUUGGAGCUCCACAGUUCUGCACUGGAGCAGCAACUUCUGGACCAGAUCAGAGUGGUUUAUCAAGAUGCCGUGUUCCCUGUGUGGGUGGACAACCACACCGUCAUCUACAUCCAAAUAGCUUCACUCUCCCCAUCUGUGCCCUACGGUCGCCUGGAGCAGUUCACAGAACUCGUGGUGUCUCCGAAGAUACGUACUGGAAUUGGCAACCUCAGUGUUUCUCAAGGGCGAUCCAGCCAGAAUCAGGAUUCUAACAGACAGCAAGACAUGGAUUUCUCCUCCCCCUCAGGACUAACACCAGAAAGUACCACCCCUCUUCCUCACAGCCACCAGUGGGGUGGCAUAGCCGACCUGAGGAGCCUGUUUCGCCAUGUGAUAAAGGGCACUUAUGACCCUGUCAAAGAGCAUCCACCUGUGCCCGACAUUCCUGCCCUCUUUACUGACUCUAUCUACAGAGUGUGCAGUGCACCUCCUGACUCCCUUUGCACCAUAAGCCAUGUUGCAACAAGUGUUAUUCACUUAUUUCCUUGGAGCCACAAUUUGAGUGCAAGGCGGCUGAGUGGAGUUCACUCUCCAGUCACUUAUGGCCUUCUCUCCAAAGUUCCAUCCCCUAAAGAAGCGAGGGACAGAACAAAGCAGGCAGUGGAGAAAAAGAAGAAUGUAGGAGCUACUAAGGAUACAGCUGAAGGAGGAGAGGAGGUGAAGGAAGAGGAAGCCAUGGUGGUCAGGACAGUCUGCCAUGGUACUGGAGUGUUAGCAGGCAAGGAGAGAAGUCAAAGCAAGGGAGAGAUCCAUAGGGGAAGAGUAUGGAUCCCACAUUCGUUAGCCAGCAGAUUAAAGAUCUUGCCACAUUCAACAGUCAGAAUUAAGCCAGUGAAACCAGCGAUUAAAGUAGCUUCUACUAUUCGCCUACAACCACUAAAGCCACUGCCUGAGGAGGAUGACGAGGAGAUUCAGACAGCUUUUCUUGGUUGGCUGCACACGCAGAGUCAUGAACCUUUAGCCUGUCUGACAGCACGGUCUGGCACUGUCCUCCUACAUGGAACCGAUGCAAAGUUAGAGUUUGCUUUAACUGUGCUGAAACCUGAACCACUGAACGAUCCUCCAGACCAGCUGUUUCUACUAGCACCCACUGUUAUCCAAAAGGAACACAUACAGGUCGACAGAGAACCUGUAGCUGAGCCAGUUGUGAAGACUGUAGCUGAAACACCCAAACCAGAGCUUCCCUCUCUCAGUAUUCUUGGCGCGGUCGAUGAGUUUGCUAGGAGUGGAUUUGAGUUUAUCUCCCACAGCCUUCUGGGUAGUCCCCUCUCACAAGAACUUGGCACUACUGGGCGGGGACUCCAAGGUGGAGCACUACUCAUCACUGGUGCAAAGGGGAGUGGGAAGAGCACUCUGUCCCGAGCUCUCUGCAGGAAAGCCAGAGAAGAUCUGGAUGCACAUGUGGAGGUGGUGGACUGCAAAAAGCUACAAGGAAAAAGGGCAGAAACUGUGAGACAGAUUCUGCAAGACAUUUUUGAGCAUGCAGAAUGGAAGCAGCCUUCAGUUGUUCUACUUGAUGACCUGGAUCAUUUGACACGGGCGCCAACCUCACCUGAACAUGAGCACGGCCCUGAAGCGCUGCUUCACCAGCACAUUGCACAGAGUCUUCAGGACGUGGUGGAUGAGGUGGUGGUUCACUCCAGCCUGGUGUGCGUCGUUAUCACCAGUCAGAGUGAACAGUCCCUCCAGCCCUGCCUGACUGAGGUGCAGGGCUCCCACUUCAUCCAGGGGUUUAUAAACAUCCAGCCACCAGACCAGAUCCAGAGAGCUGAGAUCCUGCACCAUCUGAUCCUCGGGAAGUCCUGCUUAUCUGAAGAGACCUUACAGACUCUAGACCUGGGGACUGUUGCCAAGGAGACAGAGGGAUACACGCCACAAGAUCUAGCAGUGCUGUUGGAGCGGGCUGUCCACACUAGCACUGCACAAAGAGGACAUAGUGACCGAGGUGUGUGUCUGUCAUGGAGGGACUUUUCGCAGGCUCUGAAGGGAUUCAUCCCACCCUCACUGUGGGGUGUAGACCUCCACACCCCGAGUGGAGUUGGGCUGGAGAGAGUAGGAGGGCUAAAGGAGGUGCGACAGGAGCUAAUGGACACCAUACUGCUCCCUGCUAAGUAUCCCAUCCUGUUCUCCAAUCUUCCCAUCCGCCAUCGCUCUGGAAUUCUGCUGUAUGGAGCUCCUGGUACAGGGAAGACACUGCUGGCCAGAGCUGUAGCCAAAGACAGCGGAAUGAACUUCAUCAGCAUCAAGGGACCUGAACUUCUGAGUAAGUACAUAGGAGCCAGUGAGCAGGGAGUCCGUGAUGUCUUCCAGAGGGCACAAGCUGCCAAACCGUGCAUCCUGUUCUUCGAUGAGUUUGACUCUCUGGCUCCCAGGAGGGGCCACGACAGCACGGGUGUAACAGACCGUGUGGUCAACCAGCUCCUCACCCAGCUGGACGGGGUGGAAGGACUGCAGGGUGUGUAUGUGCUUGCAGCCACCAGCCGCCCAGAUCUAAUUGACCCGGCCCUGCUGAGACCUGGACGACUGGACAAGUCCCUCUACUGUCCCCCUCCUGACUUGGAGGCUCGUGUGGAGAUCCUGAGGGCUCUGAGUGCAGGCGUCUCUCUGGCUGCUGAUGUUGACCUGGAGCAGCUGGCAGUAGCGACCGAGCAGUUCACCGGGGCAGACCUGAAAGCGCUGGUCUACAACGCACAGCUGGAGGCUGUCCACAACAGCUUGGGCACCAACACACCACAUGAUUUGACUUGUGGCUCAGACAGCGACAUGAGUCUGUCCUCCAUGAUCUUCCCAAACAACUGCAGCGCCUCCGAUGAUUCAAUGGGAGAGGGAGAGGCAGGGGUGGGGCUGGACCAGUCCAUGGUGCUGCUGGAGCACAGUGAUCUUCGAGUAGAAGAACAACAACGUCCAAACGUCUGGAGGCUGUACUUUGGAAGUUCCUACGAGUCAGAGUUUGGAAAUUCACCUUUUUCAGGACUGAACUCCCAGUGCGCCUCUCGACCAAACUCCAUGACCCAUGACUUUACAGGUGGAUCUGUUCGUGACCCCGUCAGCUCAGUCCCUCCUGCUUACAUGUCCUCCCUCCAGAGUGGAUACGAAGAGCUCGGUCCAGAGCAGCUGGAGCGCCUGCAACAAGACGUUAAUAACAUCAAGAACAACUACAGGAGAGCCAAUGAAGAGUGUGUCUGGGCACGUUCAACCUCCAGUCAGCCAGGCCUGGUGCUGUGUCAGGCUCAUGUGAAUGCCGCCUUGGCUGCGACCAGACCGUCCAUCAGCCAAGCCGACUGGAACAGAUACACAAAACUAUAUGAAGGCUUUGGUGGUUGUGGAGACAGAAGAUCUCUGAAUUCUGUCGCAUUUAAACCUGGACAACGUGUGACUUUAGCUUGAUUACUCACCUAAUUAAUUAUUUUCCUGUUUAAAAAUCUCAAAGAUUGAUGUCGGUUUAAAAUUAAUACAGUGUUUAGAGAAAUAAUGUUUUCUACUGAUUUAGUGAAUGAGACAUUAAACUCCCUGUGAAUGUGAAUAAGAAUAUAAUUACUGUAAAUAUGUAUAAUGUCAGAUUAUAAAUUGCAUUAUUCAUAAAUUGUUUAAAUUAAAAAUGGACGUAUUUCUGCAAAUUAUGUCCUCAUUAUUUUAUGAUAUGAUUCUGAAGUCCAGGAGCCAUGCUGAAAAAAAAUUUUGUACAGACGUGUGGACUCUCUGCAGCAAGAAAACGACAGAUUAACAUUAAUAUUGACAUCGUUCCAUUAAGUUUGCUGUAGUGUAAUAAUUUUUGGUCCAAAGUGUGACAAAAACGUCAUAGUUUAGUAUGUCGUCCAAAAUGGGGUAAAACCCUCAUAGUUUAGUAUGUCGUCUAAAAUAUCACUAAAACGUCAUAGGUUAGUAUGUCGUCCAAAAUGUGGAAAAAAUGUCAUAGUUUAGUAUGUCGUCCAAAAUGUCACAAAAAUGUCAUGGUAUAGUAUGUCGCUCUAAUAACGUCAUAGAAAAGCCUUUAGUCCACAAAACGUUACGUCCCGGCUAUCUGAAGUAGGUGAGGAGUAACACAAAAACAGUCCAAACGCUGGUUUGCAGAGGGUUAGAUGAGUAUUUAUUUGAGAGCAAGUUUACAACAACACAACAUGUGAGGGGCUUAAAAGCAAAUGGUAAAAUAAAAAUAAAUCAACAGAACUAAAAGUGAACUUUAUGUUGACAUUGAUGGGCAUUCCAACCAGGAACCAAGUAAAAGAUAAUCAAUACGAAAAAAACUCUUCCUGUUCACCUCUUUAAACCCAAAAACACACCGCAGUAACACCCUAAACUAAAACUACCAAUGGGUUUCCUGUUUUCCUUUCUGAACAAUUCAAAGGUCCCUCUCUAUCUCCCUACACAUCCACCAACCACUGGAACACAUCUCCAAAGUUCUGCCAGGCCAGCUCAGCUUCCCCUCAGAAGAAGUUCCGCCACCUGCCAGAUGAAGGAGCCUUUUGAGAGGCAGCUGGCAUCGUGAUUGGACUGUACUUUGGUCUGUUCCAAUCCAGCUUCAGCUCCAGAGACGGCAGGCAGGACGAGUCAACGGAGGCCGGGUGGACGAAGGCAUGCAGCUGAGUACAAUCCAGAAAACAACAGAGGAGGAGUGCAGGACCAGAACAAACAGAGUAGCAUGGUAUGUCUCUUAGAAAACAUCAUAGUAUAGCCUUUGGUAUGAAAAAACACCAUCAUUUACGUCGUAGAUUGUACAAAUAAGUCAAAGGAAAGAGACAUACAUUGUAGAACUGUAGUAAUUGUGGGCUGACUGAUUUACUGAUUAUCAGUAUUUUAUUUUUUACUGAUUUACGGUAAUAAAUACAUUUAAAAAUGG